CACAGCUUGGCGCGGGCGGUGGCGCGGGCGGUUAAGCGGCAGGCAAAAGCGGCGCAAGGAGCUAGUCUAUAUGAAGAGGAAAUUCUUUUGGCUUUAAUUGUAGGAAAAGAUUAUAAGAAUGAUGAUGAAUGUAAAAAUAAAUUAAAAGAAUAUUGUCAAGGGCUGAAAAGUGCUUCAUUGAAAGAAAAAGAAAUACAUGAAAAGCUUGAAAGUUUCUGUGAGAAUAAAAAGCAGGAAACAAAAUGCGCAGAAUUGAAAAAUAAAAUCACCAAAAAAUGCAAUGAUUUUAAAACAGAUAAACUAGAAGGAAAGUUAGCAAGUCCAUCAGAUAAAGAUUGUAAAGAGAAUGAACAACAAUGCCUAUUUUUGGAGGGAGCAUGCCCUGAUGUUCUUAAAGAUAAAUGCAAUGAACUAAGGAAUAAGUGUUAUCAAAAGAAGCGAGAUGAAGUGGCAGAAAAAGCUCUUUUAAGGGCUCUUAAUGGAAAUCUUGAAAAUGAAGCUAAAUGUAAAAAGAAGAUUGAGGAUGUUUGUCGUACAUUGGGUCAAGAAAGUAACGAGUUGAUGCAAAGGUGUUUUGAUACGAGCUCUACAUGCACAAUUUUAGUAAAAGCAGCAGAAGAAAAGUGUAAAUCUUUGAAAGCAGAAAUAAAAAAUAUACUAACUGCUAAUAACGAAUUAAAGAAAAAAGGGCAUCCUUUGCUUGAGAAAUGCUAUUUUUAUGGGAAAAACUGCAAAAAUCCAGAUAAACCAGAAUGUGAAAAACUCGUAAAUAAAACUAAAGAAAAAAAAAUUAUCUACAAAGGGCCAGGUUCAGAUUUUGAUCCUACAAGACCAGAGGCUACACUGGCAGAAAAAAUAGGUUUGGAAGAACUUUAUAAGGAAGCGGCAGCACAAGGAGUUUUGAUUGGAAGAGUAUUAAAAGAAGAUAUUGUUGAUUUAUUAGUAUUUCUGUCAGAAGACAAUUUUGAUAAAGAUAAAUGCAAGAAAGUACUCAGUUCUAAAUGUAAUUCUAUUAAAUAUUUGGCAAAAAAUAUAAAGGAAUUAUGUGAAAAUACAAGCAGUCAUGAAAAUCAAUGUGAAGAAUUUGAAAAAGAAUUUGGCAGAAAAAAGGACACUCUAACUACAAAGCUUAAAAGCAAACAAUUUGAAAAUAAAAUUGAAUUAUGGAGCGAAUUACCAAGAUUCCUUACUGAAAAUGACUGCACGAGAUUCCAAUCAGAUUGCUUUUAUUUUAAAAGUCAAACAUCUCUUGACAAAUGGUGCAAAAGUGUUAAGGCAGCGUGUUAUAAAAGGGGUCUUGAUGCAUUAGCAAAUCAAGUAUUACAAGACAGAAUGAGAGGGAAGUUUCAUGACAGAAACGAUAAAUGGCCUGAGAUGCAUCAAAAAGAGCUGGUAAAAGUAUGUAUGGAUUUGAAAGAAAAGAGCGAUGAGUUAUUUGUUUUGUGUUUGCAGCCAACAGAAGCAAUUUUUACAUUAUUAGAUGAUUUGUAUAUAAAGACAGAUUUGUUACUGGAAGAUUUGAAUAAAAAACGUGAUUUCCCUACGAAGCAGGAUUGCAAGGAAUUGCAAAAGAAAUGCGAUGAUUUAAAACAAGACUUUAAAGGACUUGAGUGGCCCUGUCAUACGCUGGUGCAUCAUUGUAAUAGACUAAAUGUUGUAGGACAAUUAGAAGAGAGGCUAUUGGAAGAAAAAAUAAAAGAUUUAAAAAAUGAAACCGUCUGUAGAGAAAAUGUCGAAGAACAAUGCAAUCAUUGGGUUAAAAAAAGGAAAACACAGUUUGCUCUUGGAUGUGUAGCACAGAAUGUUACAUGCAAGAUCAUCACAGAAAGUCUUAUACUUAAAUGUAGUUCAUUGGAAAAACAUAUAGAGACUCUAAAAGUUGUAGAAGAUGCAAAAAAAGAAGACCAAAAAGAAAAAACUUGCAGUUUUUGGGAACCGUAUUGUGACAAAUUCAUGUUUAGCUGUGAUAAUUUAAUGAAUGAUGGCAAUAAAGUGUGUAAAAAACUUAAAAAGAAUUGCAAGCCAUACAGAGAAAGAUAUAACCUGGAAACACAAGUUAUGUACGAGUUUAGAGGGAAGCUUAAAGAAGAAGUGAGCUGUAGAACAACUCUUGACCAAUAUUGUACACAGUGGAGUAAGACAAAAAAUAAAACAUUGGAGAGUCUAUGCAAUAGUACUAAUGGUGUUGAUAAUGAUAAGAUUAGAGAUGAUUUAUGUAAAAAACUAGUAGAACGAGUAAAGACAAGAUGUACAGAAUUGUCUACAAAAUUAAAUACAGCGAAAGAAGGGAUAAAAACAAAAGUAGAAGAAGUCAAAAAAUUGAAUGAAGGUGCAAAAAAAGCAUCAGAAGGAGCAAAACUUGUUUUAUCAUCAUUAAAGAAAAAUGAAGUGAAUGCCAAAAAUACAGCUGACAAUGUGGCAGUGAAUUCAGGGAAAAAUGCAACUAACGAUCAAAAUAAAUCAGUAGGAGGAACAAAUAGGACUCAAAAAACACAAGUCAAGCUUGUUCGGAGAGGAACAGUUGAAGUACUUGUCACCGAGGCAGAAGUUGAAGCCUUCGAUGCAGUAUCAAGAGCACUGGAGGCGUAUGUGGAAGUCAAUGAAGAAUGUAAAGUUUUGAAAUUAGAAUGUGGGUUUAAAGAAGAAUGCCCAACAUUAAAAAAUGCAUGCAGUGAAAUUGAGAAGGCAUGCAACGAAUUGAAGUCAUUGGAAGUGAAACCAUACGAAGUAGAAACAACGACAACAACCACCACAACCACAACCACCACUACAACAACAAAGACAGAGGGAGAAGGAAAGGCAACAGACUGCCAGUCUCUGCAGACGACAGACACGUGGGUCACAAAGACGUCUACGCAUACCAGCACCUCUACGACUACGUCCACAGUCACGUCAAGAAUAACACUCACCUCGACGAGGCGGUGUAAGCCUACGAAGUGCACGACAGGAGAGGAAGAUGAAGCAGGAGACGUGAAACCGAGUGAGGGGCUGAGGAUGAGUGGGUGGAGUGUGAUGAGGGGAGUGCUAGUGGCGAUGAUGAUUUCAUUCAUGAUUUAG